AUGGAGGAGCGAAAUAUUCACCGAGCAAUUCUUGUCACUCAAAACGUCUUGACGGCCUUCGCAAAAGAUGCUAUUGCUGAAGCUGCUCCCCGGCACAUCAUUGAGUACUUCAUGGAGUCUGAGCUGCUCGUGAAUAUAACAAAACAUGAACUGGUCCCAAAACAUGUUCCUCUUACCCCAGAUGAGAAGCAGCAGCUGCUGCAGCGCUACCGAGUCAAGGAGGCUCAGCUGCCCCGCAUCCAAGUCGCCGAUCCCGUCUCCAGAUAUUUUGGACUCUCUAGAGGACAGGUAGUAAAGAUUAUUCGGCCUUCGGAGACAGCCGGCAGAUACGUCACCUAUAGGCUCGUUGUAUGA